AGUCACCUGACUAAAACAAAUAGCUACCUAGCUUUAACAGUUUUCAGAUACAUUAAAAGUCGUAAUGUGGCUAAAGUAGGUCGACCGAGGAGACGAAUGGUGUGAGGGAGAAGAUUUCUGGCUAACACAGUUAGCCCGCUAGUUUAACGAUCGUGGCAUUGGUGAGAAUCCGACAGUAAAAAUGCCUCACUCAGCGGCUAUAAUCAGCGGGAUCCAGAGGAUGGUUCUGUACGAAACUAGAGCUAGGUAUUUUUUGGUGGGGAGUAAUCAGGCACAGACCAAACACCGUGUCCUCAAGAUUGACCGCACAGAACCCAAGGACCUCGUCAUAAUUGAUGACAAGCAUGUCUACAACCUGCACGAAGUGAGGGAGUUGCUGGGACGUCUGGAAGUGGGCAACCGCACCAAGAUUAGCCAGAAGGGUUCAUCGGGCCUGUCCAGGUCUGUCUUAGCAUAUGGAAUUGUGGGAUUUGUGCGCUUCCUGGAGGGCUACUACAUUGUGCUGAUCACCAAGCACAGAAAGAUGGCUGACAUUGGCGGUCAUUCCGUCUACAAAAUUGAAGACACCAGCAUGAUCUACAUCCCACAUGACUCCAUUAGGGUCACACAUCCUGAUGAGGCAAAGUAUGUGCGAAUCUUUCAAAAUGUGGAUCUGUCCAGCAACUUUUACUUCAGCUACAGUUAUGACCUGAGCCACUCGCUGCAGUACAACCUGAUGUUGCUGCAGAGGCCCUAUGAGCUAUGGUCAGCAGCAGCUUCAUCCACCGAGCAAGAGGUGCACGCACAGAGCAAGAAGGGCACCUUUGACAUCUUCGAGGAUGAGGGGUUGCCUACUCAAGUGGUUUUCAGCCUCCAGAACGAGCCGUACUACAAAUACGUGUGGAAUGGGAAGCUGUUGGAACGGGUCAAGGACAUCGUGCAUCAAGACUGGCUCAUGUAUAUCAUCCACGGCUUUUGUGGCCAGUCGAAACUUCUCAUUUAUGGUCGACCAGUUUACAUCACUCUCAUUGCCAGACGCUCAAGCAAAUUUGCCGGGACCCGCUUCCUUAAAAGAGGAGCCAACUGUGAGGGGGAUGUAGCCAAUGAGGUGGAGACAGAGCAGAUUGUCCAUGAUGCUUCAGUUAUGUCUUUCACAGCAGGGAGUUACUCUUCCUACGUCCAGGUGCGAGGUUCUGUCCCGCUGUACUGGUCCCAGGAUAUCUCCACCAUAAUGCCAAAACCCCCAAUACGAUUGGAUCAAGCUGACCCAUAUGCGCAUGUUGCUGCUCUUCACUUCGACCAGAUGCUGCAGAGAUUCGGGUCACCGAUUAUAAUCCUCAACUUGGUCAAGAAAAAGGAGAAGAGGAAACAUGAGAGGAUUUUAAGUGAAGAGCUUCUCCCAGCUGUGAUCAACCUAAACCAGUUCCUUCCUCCAGAACACUGGAUUGACUACAUCGCCUGGGACAUGGCCCGCUACACGAAGAGUAAGUUGUGUAACGUGCUGGACCAUCUGAGUAUGAUCGCAGAGAAUGUGGUCAAACGAACAGGCUUCUUCAUAAAUCGCGCUGACUUCUACUGUCAUACUCUCAGACCAGAUGACAGGUGGGGCGAUGUAGGUAGACACGUCACAUGUAAUGGACGGGUGCAGACUGGAGUAUUGCGUACCAACUGUGUGGACUGUCUGGACCGGACCAACACUGCCCAGUUCAUGGUUGGGAAGUGUGCGCUGGCCUAUCAGCUUUAUGCCUUGGGAAUGAUUGACAAGCCCAAGCUCCAGUUUGAUACUGACUGUGUGCGGUUGUUUGAGGAGCUAUAUGAGGACCACGGGGACACUUUGUCUUUGCAGUAUGGCGGCUCCCAGCUGGUCCACAGGGUUAAGACCUACCGCAAGAUUGCACCAUGGACACAGCACUCGAAAGACAUCAUGCAGACGCUCUCACGUUACUACAGCAACGCUUUCUCAGAUGCGGACAGACAAGAUGCCAUCAACUUGUUUCUCCAAGUCUAUGAGCCAUCAGAGACCAAACCACAUCUGUGGGAACUGCCCACGGAUUUCUACCUGCACCAGAGCAGCACCAUGGCCUUGCCACAUGACAGACGCAGCUACACACAGUGGUGGUCAGAAGGAACCAUGUCCUCUCUUCCAUUGGCCUAUGAUGAAGUCCCCAGUGAGGACACCAUGAAGAAGGUUAAAGUGAAGCGAGUGAACCGCUUUGAUGAGAGUAUCGACAUCUAUACAGAAUUUUUCAAACCUUACGAGAUCACCUCCUUUGAUGGGACCUUCUGCAUCGCUAAGACCAACUCUACAAGGGAGUUUAUGCCGAAGACGGUCGGCGUGGAUCCAAGUCCAUUUACGGUUCGCAAGCCGGAGGAAACGGGGAAAUCUGUGCUUGUCAACAAGAGCAGUAAGGAAGAGACUCUGCUCCAGAGGAAAACCGCAGCCAGCGCACCUCCUCCUCCAAGUGAGGAGGCCAUAUCCAGCACAUCGGAGGAUGACUCUGAGGAGGAUCGCGACGAUGAUGGAAGCGUGUCCCAGCGGUCCACUCCUGUCAUACUGCUGACCGAGUCCUUGGACAGCGGUCGCACACAGGAGGAGAUUCAACAGCAGAUUAAGGAGCCUUACGGACUCGAUCUCACUGGGCUUGUUAAUGAGGAGGACUUGCUUAUUUACGAGAGGUUUGCACGUCUGGGUGAGAGCCAGCACCUAGUGGACAGAACCAAACCCAUACAUCUGGCAAAUAUCCUCUGCUUAGAGCCGGUGUCAUACUUUCCAGAUGACAGCAUCUACGCUGUUUCACCUCCACAAGUUGACCAAGACAACCAUGAUGUCUUUGAGUGCCAUGUGAUGGCUGGCGAGGGCCAGGUGAGGGCGCUAUGCAGGGACGACGUGCUGAUAUACAGAGACUACCUCAAGAACAGAUACAUGUGAGACACCAGAUCUCCAAAGCAACAUGAUAGUCUGGACACAAAGACAAACAGAGUAACAUUCCAACUUCAAGACUCCAGUUUUAGUGUUAUUAUUAUUAUUAUCAAUCGUAGUAUUGGAGGGGGCGGCUUCAUGUCAA